CGCCACAAGAGAGAUUCGGUUCGUGUUUUGAGGAACAUUUGGGCCUAAAAACCCAAAAAUUCUUCCGUUUUCCAGCGUUGGAGAGCGGAUAACGCUCCGAGGGGCGCAGCGGCUCCCGCUCCGGGGGGAUUAGAGUGUUUGUUAGGGGCUUAGACCCCGCUGUUUGAGCUCGGUUGUGUGUUGCUGCAGUGAGACAUUAGUUUUGUGUCUCUUGUUUUUCUCCGUGUUGUUGGUGUUCAGGAUGAAGCCGUGAUGGAGCCUCCGCGUCUCACAGACAUGAACCAGGGCCUUCGCUGCCUGACCCGCACUCACAACAACCCGCUCAUCUCCGUUUCUGCCCCGUUUAAUGCUACAGAGCUCGGCUGCUCUGUCCCCGGAGCCCGGUCUCAACGUUUCACUCAGCUGUACCGACAUGGAGAAGAACCAGCCCAGAUCCAGCUCUACAGGCCCGACGCCCGGAGAGUCUAAACCCAAAACUGAUACUAAGAAUAAUGGCGGCUCCAAGCGCUACAGUCGUAAGCGGGAGCCUGCCUUCCUCAAAGCAGAGAGUUUUCCAGGCCCCCGCCGCACCCACCCACAGAAAGGCAAGAAUUUCGACAAGAGACCCCCUCAGAGAGGAGGAGGAGGUGGCAGACAGGGUGGGCUCAUGGGCGGUGGGAGAAGAGAAGAGGUAGUCGAGACGCACCGGGCCGAGUUUAGCCCGGCUCAGUUUUCUGGACCCAAGAAGAUCAGUCUCAAUCACCUGCUCAAUUUUACGUUUGAGCCGCGCGGAGGCCACGCCGGCUUCGGAAACGACGGCCAUACGUACUGGGGGCGGCGCAACAAGUGGGGCCAUAAGCACAAGCCCUUCAACAAGGAGCUGUUCCUCCAGGCCAAUUGCCAGUUUGUGGUGAUCGAUGACCAGGACUACCAGGCUCACUUCACCGACCCGGACACCCUGGUCAGCUGGGACUGUGUGCAGCAAGUGCGCAUCUACAGCCACGAGGUGCCCUCAUGUCCGAUCUGCCUGUAUCCACCGGUGGCAGCUCACAUCACCCGCUGUGGCCACAUCUACUGCUGGCCGUGCAUGCUGCACUACCUGUCUCUGAGCGAGAAGACCUGGUCCAAGUGUCCCAUCUGCUACGAGUCUGUGCACAGCGCAGACCUUAAGAGUGUUGUUGCUAUGGAGACGCAUCAGUACGUGCCCGGUGACGUUAUCACCAUGCGUCUGAUGCGCAGAGAGAAAGGCGUACUGGUGGCACUGCCCAGCUCCCAGUGGGUUAAAGUGGAGGAGCCCAUCCGCUUCGGAGACGUGCGUCUGAGCUCGUACUCCAAGCUCCUGUUGGCCUCUCAGGCGCAGGUUCUGGGUUUGCUGGCUGAGGAGAGAGCAGCACUGAGAGCUCAGCUGCAGCAGGAACAGGAUGAUCCUCAGGCCUGCUUCAUACAGAGCGCCUUACUGCAGCUGCAGGAGCGAGAGGACAAGCUGCUGGAGAGGAACGGUCAGCAUAAAAGCAGUCUGGAGGGAGCGGAUAUGACCAAACUCUCCUUGGAUGACUGUCCCUCUGCCGACGUGGCCGUCAACCACCUCACUAACACCAAGCCCAUUCUCCAGUACGCUUCAGCGUUUGACGACGAGGUACAGGAACUUCCUGACAUCCUGCCAGAGGAUUUGCCCGAGCAGGAAGUGCAAGAUGCGCCAGAGCUGGCGGACCAGGCCAGUAGGGAAACCCAUAACAGUGAGGCUGGACUGCUACCAAACUCUCAGCAUGGUCCAUACUACUACUUCUACCAAGCGGAGGACGGCCAGCAGAUGUUCCUGCACCCGGUGAACGUCCGCUGUUUGCUGAGGGAGUAUGGGAGCCUGGAGAACAGUCCUCAGUCCAUCACUGCUUCUGUAGUGGAGAUAGAGGGACACACGGUGAACGAGGAUGUUCGUCGCCGCCAUCGCUACCUGUCUCACCUGCCCCUGACCUGUGAGUUCAGCAUCUGUGAGCUCAGCCUUCAGCCACCCGUCCUCUCCAAAGAGACGCUGGACAGCUUCCAAGAUGAUCUGGAGCGCAGGAGGCGCAUGAGGCAGAAGAAAGCCAGGGAGGAGAAGAGGAGAGAGAAGAGGAUCGAGAUAGAGGAGAACAGGAAGCAAGGGAAAUACCCGGAGGUGCACAUUGGGCUGGAGAACCUCCAGCAGUUCCCAGCAUUCAGCUCUCCGCCGUAUAACGGCCCUACAACUCAGCAGCCCGAAUUCCUGGUGGGACCCUCGUCUCCUCUCAGCAGCAGCCCUGCCUCAGAUGUUGCGAUGUUCCCCAGUCUGAGUGAGACCAGUCUGUCCUGCAGUGUGGGCAGUGUGGAAGAGGACUCGCCCUGCAUGUCCUUCGCCCAGAUGCUGAGAGAUGGAAAAGCCCGCGUGGAUGUUUGGCCGAAAACUGCACCAAAGAAAGAUAUGUUCCUGGCUCCUCCAGCUGCCGACAGCGACGGAGAGAGCGACGGCUCGGACCGCGUGCCGGUUCCCAACUUCCAGAACUCCUUCAGUCAGGCGGUGGAGGCGGCGAUGCUGCAGCUAGACCACAAACCCCCGGCUCCUGCCGAGGCUCCUCCCGCCUCCGAUGAGAAAGGUGGGAAGAAAAAGAAGAAAAAGCAGAAGCUUCUAUUCAGCACCUCCAUGGUUCACACGAAGUAACCCAGGCUGCAGAUCAACACUUCACACCUCGCUCUUCCUGAUUCUGUUUCCCUUCUCUGUCCUGUUUGCUCCUCCUUGAUAGUUUAGUUUAGCUUAGACCUUAAAUGAAGCUCCGGUGAUUUAGCCAAACAUACAAAUUAAACCGAGUGGUACCAGUAUUACCGACGUACGUCACUGUAGACUGAUUAGAAGACAUCAUGCACUUUCCUGCUCGUUCUUACUUGAACGUUUGUCACUUUAGUUGCAUUCUCAGACUUUUUAAAGUUAAUUAAAACUUUAAAUUAACUUUAAAGUUUAAAAAAAAAAAAAACCCAAAAAAAACCACGAUGCUCCAGUGCAGCUCUGGACCAUACACGUGUAUCAGCAAUAUUAAAGCCGUGGAGGUUCUUGGGUUCGGUGUUCAGAGGUGAUGGUUGAAGGUUUGUAUGGAAAGCAGUCAGCCAGCUGCCGGUAUCCAAACCCCCUUCAGGUCACCUCUGAACCCCUCUCAACACCCACGUACGUAGCUAGAUAAACAGAGCUAAUCAGCAUGUCCACAUUACUUUUAGAUCUGAUGUAUCCGGUGUUUAAAAUGACCUUCAGGUUCACAGUGCUGCAGUUUCUACUUCUUAUUUCUCCUUCCGCAUCCUUAUUUUCAGAAUCUACUCCUGGUUUUUGUUGUAUGCAGUUUGUAUUCACGUGUGUAUUCGUUUCAUGAAUGAAACCAUUACUUUUGAUUCCUUUUGGUCUGCAUUUCAGUUCCGAUUGGCAAGUCCUGAUUUGUUUUGUUUUUUUCUUUGAGAUACAGCUGGGAACUGGGUAUGAAUAGACUGAGAGAACAUGCUAAAGGAAGAAUGUAUUCGUGAUUGGACAGUAUAGUCAGUUCCACUCACUGUUAGCUUAUUAACAGGAACCAGAUUCAUCCGAUCGAUUCUGCACCAGUUCAGUGCUAAUGAAUCUGCUAGCAAAUCUUGUGUUGAGUGUGUGGGGUUGUUUUGGGGUAAUUAAAUUAUUUUGCAUACAUUACAGGUGAUCAGUAGGAGGGUUAGGCCCCUUAAAGAAAUCAGGACUUCCUACUAACACACACACAGGCGCAGUCUGCUUUUUCCCUCGAAUUUGAUGUUAUUUCUAUUUUUGUUUAAAGUUUUUCUUUUUUUCUCAGCAGGAAUCGGUCAGUAAAUCCUGCACAUUCAGUUGCUUAACAUUAAUAAAUGAUUAUGCACAGAC